AUUAUUAUUCUUCUUGCUUCCUAGUUGUUGGUUGGUGCAAAAACCAGAACCCACAACUUUCAGAAAGAAAGAAAUCCUUCUUGUUUUUCUAGGGUUUUUGCUUCGUUCAUUUCAAUGGCGGCUUCUUCUCUUCUCAGAUCUGCGUUUCUCGUUCCUUCUCGCUCUGAGAGGAAAAAAGUAUUUUGCAAUGCCUCAAGUUGUAAUGUAAAAUCGGAGAGGUUACAGAACAGCAUAUUUGGAACUUCAAUUCCAAUUGAAUCAUUAGUCUUACAAAACUGCAAUGCCCGGAGCAUCCAGCCUAUCAAAGCAACUGCAACGGAAAUCCCUCUCCCCGUACAGAAAUCAAGGAGCACUGGGAAGACAAGAGUUGGAAUUAACGGUUUUGGUAGAAUUGGAAGGUUGGUGUUACGUGUAGCUACUUCCCGGGAUGAUAUUGAUGUUGUUGCAAUUAAUGAUCCCUUUAUUGAUGCUAAAUAUAUGGCUUACAUGUUCAAGUAUGAUUCUACUCAUGGACCAUUCAAGGGAACCAUUAAGAUUUUGGAUGACUCUACUUUAGAAAUUGAUGGGAAGCAGGUUAAAGUUGUGAGCAAAAGAGAUCCCGCGGAGAUCCCUUGGAGUGAUUUUGGGGCUGAUUAUGUCAUUGAGUCUUCCGGAGUUUUUACAACAUUGGAGAAAGCCUCUUCACAUUUGAAGGCUGGUGCCAAGAAAGUCAUAAUAUCCGCUCCUUCUGCUGAUGCACCAAUGUUUGUGGUAGGAGUGAAUGAGAAAACAUACAUGCCGAACAUGGACAUCGUUUCUAACGCAAGCUGUACAACGAAUUGUCUUGCUCCACUUGCCAAGGUGGUUCAUGAAGAGUUUGGUAUAGUUGAAGGUUUGAUGACAACUGUGCAUGCAACAACAGCAACACAAAAGACUGUAGAUGGUCCUUCAAUGAAGGAUUGGCGAGGGGGACGAGGGGCCAGUCAAAAUAUAAUUCCAAGUUCAACUGGUGCUGCAAAGGCUGUCGGAAAAGUUCUUCCUGAGCUGAAUGGAAAGCUCACUGGAAUGGCAUUCCGUGUGCCUACUCCUAAUGUUUCUGUCGUGGACUUAACAUGUCGGCUUCAAAAGAAUGUUUCCUAUGAAGACGUUAAAGCAGCAAUAAAGCAUGCCUCAGAGGGAUCACUGAAAGGAAUUCUUGGAUACACAGAUGAGGAUGUUGUCUCUAAUGACUUCGUUGGUGAUUCAAGGUCUAGUAUCUUUGAUGCUAAGGCUGGGAUUGGGCUUAGUUCUUCCUUCAUGAAGCUGGUUUCGUGGUAUGACAAUGAGUGGGGUUACAGCAACCGAGUGUUGGACCUUGUAGGGCACAUGGCAAUGGUGGGAGCCCACAAUUGAACACCAAUAUGGUUUCUGUUGCUGCUGAUGUCGCAAUUCUUAUCUGGCCUUGAGUUAGGUUAAAAAUUAGUGGCUGCUUAGGUUCGCAUAUUUUGGUUUUGAUCAGAUUUUUGUAAGAUGUGAGGUUAAUGAUCACAUCAUGUUCACUGAAAAAUAAAAUACAAGGACAUUAUACUGAUUAUACAUGUUUGUAAUUGGUUUUCAUAUGCCAAUGAUGAAAUUUACAAACUUUUAAAAUGCUCGACA